AUGCCCCGCAACCAAGGCAACGAAACCGGCUCCGCCGACCCCAGCGCCAUCCCCUACGGCGCCUGGGACUCCUUCCCCUCGCAACCCUUCCCCAUGUACUCCGGCACAAAGUCCAUCAUCUACCGCUCCGCAGACGGCAAGGUGGCCGUGGGAAUGCUGCGCGAGAAGGGGAAGGACACGCUCGUUUGGCCGGUCGACGAGUUCCUGUUCGUCACGCAGGGAACGAUCCAUAUCCAAGUGCAUGGGGGUGAUACUUUCACGCUGGCGAAGGGUGAUCUGAUGGUUAUGAGGAAGGGGCAGACGAUUACGUUUGAGUGUAGUGAGGAUUUUGCGAAUGUGGCUGUGUUUAUGGAUUUGGAGGAUAGGGUCACGCUUGUUUGA